CCCCGGUUAAAGCCCGCAUCCUCCGGGAGAGAGCAGCAGCCCGGCACGGUCAGAGGAAGCGAGAUACAAGGGCAGCGUGCGCGCAGCGGAGGCUCCCAGCGGCUGAGGAACAUGACAUCGGACGUGGCGGUGUCUCUGUCGGUGCUCGCGGGGAUCGUCGCGCUGAGCGACGCGACCCGCAGGUUGAUGACCAGGGCCCUCGCGGACACCGGGCUCUCCGUGUACGCGGUGGAGCUCGUGUCCACCUUCCAGCUGUGCUGCUGCACGCACGAGCUGAAGCUGCUGGCCGAGGGGGGCGGGAUCGAGCCUCGCCUCGCGCUCACCUUCACGUACCUUGCGGCCGUGGUGCACGGGCUCACCUUCGGCGGGGCCACGGGCAACCCCUCCGGCGCGCUCGAGCACGCGUACCACGCGAGGUUCUCGGGCGGGUGCGCCCUGCGCCGGAUCGCGUGCCAGUUUGCCGCUGCCGCCGCCGCGCGAGCCGCGGUGCCGGUGAUCUGGGGCGUCGGGUUGUCGGGGCUGCACGCGCGGCACAAGCUGCUCGGCUACCAGUGCAUCAGCGCCAUCCGCGCUCCGCUGCCCAAGGCCGCCGCGGUGGAGCUCGCGUGCGCCUUUGCUGUUCAGACCGCCAUGACGCACACGCGACGGGUGGAGGAGAAAUACCGCGUGCACGCGGUGGCUGCGGUCAUCGCGACGGUGGUUUAUGCAGGUGGCAGUGUGACAGGAGCAGUGUUCAACCCGGCGCUGGCCUUCUCCACACAGUUCCCCUGCAGUGGGAACUCCUUCCUGGGGUCCUGCCUGGUGUACUGGCUGAGCCCGCUGCUGGGGAUGAUGAGCUCCGUGCUGCUGUUCGAUAAACUCGUCCCUCUGCUGGUGGGGAAGUCUCCAUCCCUCCCUCUCCCCCAGGAGACCAAGAAGAGGGCAUGAGCGUGGUGGAGGU